AUGCUCGACCUCCCAAAACCUUCCUCCGAAAUCUGGAUUGGCGAUUUAAGUAACUAUAGAUACGCAUUGAGACUCGACAGAGAAGAGUACAGAAGCAUAAUAUUUUACGACUACGACAGCGACAGCACUGCCCGGUACCUGUUCUGGGUUUUGUUUGAUGACGAACGGCCCCACUGGCGUUUAUUGCUGAGAGAUGGAGUCUUCAGAUGUUACGAUAUCCUCAACACUGGGGGAGAGUUUGAUGAGAUCAGGUACCCUGGGUACAAGGUGGUGAGAAACAGAGAGGAGUUGUCAAAGCUUCACUAG